AUGGCCGAGGAGAUUCCCCAGUUCAAAUUGCUCCUUGUGGGCGACGGUGGUGUUGGUAAAACCACCUUGGUGAAACGUCACUUGACUGGUGAAUUCGAAAAGAAGUACAUCCCUACACUUGGUGUUGAGGUUCACCCACUGAAGUUCCGUACCAACUGUGGUGACAUUCAGUUUAACGCCUGGGAUACCGCUGGUCAGGAGAAGUACGGUGGUCUGCGUGACGGUUACUACAUCAAGGGCGAGUGCGCGAUCAUUAUGUUCGACGUAACUAGCCGUAUUACGUACCGCAACGUGCCUAACUGGCAUCGUGACAUCGUUCGCGUGUGCGACAACAUACCUAUGGUGCUAUGUGGAAACAAAGCUGACGUAAAGGAGCGCCAGGUUAAGGCUGGCCACAUUCAGUUCCACCGCAAGCGUAACCUUCAAUACUACGACCUAUCUGCACGUUCCAAUUUCAACUUCGAACGCCCCUUUCUUUGGCUGGCUAGGCGUCUGCUUAACCAACCUCAGCUGGUGUUUGUCGGUGAAUGUGCUAAAGAGCCUGAAUUCAGGAUUGAUCCUCAGUUAGCUCAGGAGUGUGAGCGUAAUCUCGAGGCUGCAGCCAAUGUUGCUAUUGACGAUGAUGGUGACCUUUAG